AACGACUUUCUCCACACAAAAACGCAAAAAAGAUAAAAACAAAAAAAAAAAAAAACAAAGAGGAGAUUGAACAAAUUCAUCGUGGGUUUCUUUCUCUCCGGCGGCCUCCAGAUUAUUCAGACUUAAGCUCCAGUAUGGCUCCUGAAGGUACACAAUUUGAUGAGGGAGAGGAUGAUGAUGAGUUCUUCACCUCAUAUGAUGAGGUCCAUGAGAGCUUUGAUGCCAUGGGUUUGCAAGAGAAUCUUCUAAGGGGUAUCUAUGCUUGCGGUUUCGAAAAGCCUAAUGCUGUUCAGCAAAGAGGAAUUGUACCCUUUUGCAAGGGUCUUGAUGUGAUCCACCAGGCACGGCCUGGUACUAAAAAAAUCGCUAGUUUCUGCUCUGGCGUCUUGCAGCAGCUUGAUUAUACCCUUGCUCAGUGCCAGGCUCUCGUUUUGACCCCCACCAAUGACCUUGCUCAGCAGAUUGAGAGGCGCCUGGUUGCCCUCGGUGAAUACCUUGGCGUCAGGGUUCACGCCUGUAUUGGUGGACAUAGAGGCCGUCAGGAUCUUCCCGUUCUCAAGGCUGGUACUCAUGUUUUGGUUGGAACUCCUGGUCAUGUUAUGGACAUGUUUCGAAGACAAUAUCUUAAUACUGACUGCGUCACGAUGUUUGUCCUUGAUGAAACUGAUGAAAUGCUCUCCCUUGGUUUCAGGGAUCAGAUCUAUGCCAUAUUCCAGUAUCUCCCACCUAAGACUCAGGUUGGGGUAUUCUCAGAAACGAUGCCACCAGAAGUUCUUAAUAUCACAAGAAAAUUCAUGAGCAAAGCAGUGACAAUCUUGGUGAAACGUGAUGAGAUGAUCAAACUUGAAGGUAUCAAGCAAUUCUACGUGAACGUGGAGAAAGAAGACUGGAAGCUCGACACUCUCUGCGAUCUUUAUGAGUUUCUAGCUAUCACUGAUCAGAGUGUCAUCUUCGUCAACACUCGUCGUAAAGUUGACUGGCUCACAGAGAAAAUGAGAAGCCGUGACCAAAAAGUCUCAGCAACUCGUGGAGACAUGGACCAAAACACAAGGGACAUCAUCAUGAGAGAAUUCUGGUCUUCAUCAGGUGGUAAGCUCAUCACAUCCAAUAUCUUGGAUCGUGAUAUUGAUGUGCUCCAGAAAGUCUCUCUGGUCAUUAAUUAUGACCUCCCAACUGAGCCGAAGGAUUACCUUAACCGUAUCGGAAGAAGUGAAAAGUUCGGGAGAAAGGGUACUGUUGCAAUUAGCUUUGUGACUCGUGACGAUGAAAAAAUGCUGUCUGAUAUUCAGAAAUUCUACAAUGUGGACAUUGAGGAGCUGCCAGAAAACGUGAAUGAUUUCCUGUGAAAGAAGAAAAGGCUACUUGUUUGUAUCUAGCUCUAGCUAUGUUUUGUCAGAUUUGUUCCCCUUUUUCUUUUCUUUUUUUGCCAGGUAUGAGUUACCGACUUACGGGUAGAUAAUAUGGUUUUAAUUUGACGCUUUAUAUACAAUUCAUGAGAGGACUACCAUGCUGGAUUUUCGAAUUUAACAAGAUUAUGUGAAUCUCUCUCUCUCCCUUGAGACGUUGAUUUAAUGUAG